AUGACGAAGAAAGACGUCAAACCGUGGCAAUUAGUGAAAUUUGACUUCUCAGAUAAGAAAUACGUGUUUCCAAUCAGUCCUACACUAUACGACUUACUACCAAAAGACUCCCCUUUGAUUAAUCGCAAGUACAAAACCUGCAGCAUAGUUGGAAGUAGUGGCAUUCUUCUAAACAGUAAGUGUGGUGCCGAGAUUGACACCUCUGAUUAUGUCAUUCGUUGCAACAUGGCUCCAAGGUAUGGUUUCACUACUGAUGUCGGUGAGAAAACUAACUUCAUGACCAUGAACCCAGCCAUAUUAAAUGAUCGAUAUCACCUUUUAAUAUCUACUGAUGAUCGAUAUCGAUUUCUUAAAGACCUUGUUGAGCUUGGUGAAGCUAUUCUAUGGUCCCCUGCUCUGACUCAUACCGGUUCUGUCACACCUCUGCGAGUGUUGGUGGAUUUCCUCACAGAGCAUCAAGACAAGUUAAAAUUGCAGUUUGCCGUCCUUGGGGAAGGUGCCAUGCGAUACAUUAAAGGAUUUUGGAAGAUUUCUCAUAACUUCACAGAACCUCGCAUUACAACUGGUCUUUUCAUGUACACCAUAGCUGUUCCAAUCUGUGAUGAAAUCAGACUGUAUGGCUUCUAUCCAUUCUUGAAUGACACUCACAAUAAUAUCGUCCCUUGGCAUUACUACAAUCCAGCCGCUGAUCCUUCCUGGUUGAAGACUGUACACAAGAUGCCAGAAGAAUACAGCAUACUGCAGAAACUCCACAAACAAGGAGCUCUGAAACUUAUCAAUAGAAAGUGUAAGGGAUAG